AUGCAUACGAUUUGCUUUUGCAUAAAAGUACACAUUCAUCCGAGUUCGGCACUGCGGUAUACCGAUUCCACACCGGAAUUCAUUGUUUAUGAGUGUCAGGUGCAAACAUCAAUGAAUUUCGUAAUGAAUGUAUGCGCAGCGGAUCGAGCCUGGCUCAGCGCCGUUGACGAAAACGUGCUGGAGGAGAAGAAAAAGGGCAAACUAGUACCAUAUAAUAUUUGUUGUGGACCUACAGCCAAAAGAUGGAUUUCAAGUCAAAUGCCCUAUCUUCGAGAAGAGGUUGGUGAGGAAUGCUAUCAAAUACAAAGCAUGGAUAAUCCAUACGAUAAGCUCCUGAUCUAUGUUUCAGUUAAAAAUUUGCCCAAA